AUGGGUUUAGUCUUCGGAUCUCUUGUUGAGGCCUUGCGGCAGCCAACGAUCGGCGGCGUGGUGGCUGAGCUCGUACUUUUCUCCGUUCCUGUCUGGUUGGCCCUCUUUGUGGGUCUCUUGGUCGGCUGGGCGUGGCGACCGAGAUGGGCCGCCGAUUUGGUGUGCGGAGAGAAAGGGAAUUCUCGCCGUGAUUAUCCCCAAUUGCGGUCUUCUUCUUCCUCAGAAUUUUCUAGUGGAUUGGAGUCGCACAAGGCCCAGGCGGAUGAGAGCACCGGGAAGGCGACCUCUAUGUACGACUCCGUCCACAAUCAUCUCCAUAAUCCUUUAUGGUUUUCGGCUCGUUUCUGAAUUUUUGUUGAACCCAGAUCGUCUGAGGAUGGAGGUGAUGGAUUUUCUGUUACAAGAGAGGACCUUGGUUACCUUUCCCAGCUGGUAGAGAUGACGGAUGGGGGCCGCGAAUGGAUUCAGAUGAUGGACAAGUCAUUACCCACCAUGAGCUACAAAGCUUGGCGAAGAGACCCCGAGGUAUCUGCUAUCCCUGAUUGACCGCCUGUCCUAACAAUUCUCAUCUGGGAACCGGCAAAUACAUUAUAAUAUUGCAUUUUAGAAGGCAAUUCCGGUUCGUUCCGGUUUCCUAAUUAGGUGGUGUUCCUUCUGCCAGACUGGUCCUCCACAGUAUCGCAGUAGAACAAUCUUUGAGGACGCAGCCCCGGAGACAGUCAGGGAUUUCUUCUGGGAUGAUGAGUUCCGAAUGAAAGCCAAGUGGGACGACAUGCUCAUCUACCACAAGACAUUGGAGGAAUGCCCGAAGACUGGGACGAUGAUUGUUCACUGGGUUAGAAAGGUGGGCCUCUCUCUCUCUCUCUCUCUCUCUCAACCCAUCACCAUGCUUCUGUGUAUCUGUGCUUACGCCCUUCGUCCCUUCUCCAGUUUCCAUUCUUCUGCAGUGACCGGGAGUAUAUUAUCGGCCGGAGGAUCUGGAAGUCAGAUGGAGCAUACUACUGCGUCACCAAGGUAUGCAAGAGUUGCCUCAAAAUACUGAAUUCAUCGGUAGUGGUGGCCGAUUUUACCUAUGAUCUACCUGACUGAUGCGGUUGAGGUGAAAUUUCAUCUGGUUUUCGCUGUAUAAUUAAUUUUUUUUAUAAGCUUCUACAGAAGGGUAGUUUUAGAAAAACUAUUCGAUAAUCACAAUUGUUCGAAGUUUCCUGAGAAAAAUGAAGCAUUGUUUAGUACAGCCUUGUGGAAUUUGAACUGAAUCCCAUGGUUCAGGGGGGUUUCAACUAAUUUUAGCUCUAUUAAUAUUACAUAUUUUCAAUUGUAGAUCGAACCAGUAUCCGGGCUUUUGUCCUCGUUGUGUUCUUGAGCUUAUGCUCUCUCUCUCUCUCUCUCUCUCUCUCUCUCUCUCUCUCUCUCUCUCUCUCUCUAGAUAUAUAUAUCUAUAGAUAUAAAUACAUGUAUUUAAAUGAGUGUGUAUACAAAUAAAUUCGACCAAUGCAUCUGUUCGAAUUAUUAUUUAUCGCAUCAUUCACUGCUUCGUAUGGGCCUUAAACUCAUCUGUUGGAAUCAUCUUGCAUCAGAGUGUCAAAAACCAGUCUAUACCAAGGAAGGGUAAACCAAGACGGGUCGACCUGUACUACUCCAGCUGGUGCAUCCGCGCAGGUGCGCUUAAUCUCUGAUCAUGUCCGGCAGAACAUUCAAUCUCGUGGGUGUUCUUGAUUAAUCUGAGCUUGGUUUUCUCCUCCUCUUCCAGUGGAAUCGAUGAGAGGGGACGGUCAACGGACGGCGUGCGAGGUCCUGCUCUUCCACUACGAGGACAUGGGGAUACCGUGGGAGAUCGCCAAGCUGGGCGUGAGGCAGGGAAUGUGGGGCUGCGUCAAGAAGGUCGAACCGGGCUUGCGGGCCUACCAGGCAGCGAGAGCCGCCGGUGAGCCCCUCUCACCAUCGGCCCUUUUAGCGCAGAUCACCACCAAAGUCAGCGCCGACGAGUUGAAUUCGCUGGACGGCGGCAAUGGUGAGCUGGUGGAGAGUCAACUGCCAGAGAAGACCCAGCCACUGGGGAAGGCCAUUCCAAGGUUUCUGGUCAUCGGUGGGGCUAUCGCCCUUGCAUGCACGUUGGACCGAGGCCUCUUGACGAAGGCGCUGGUCUGUGGGAUCGCUCGGAAGUUCGCCAGGCCAGGGCGGUGA